ACAAUUUUGCAUUAUAACGUUUUGCCGCUUUGAUUUUAUUUAUUGGCGUAGCAGUAGAAACAUUUUGUCUCUCGAAUUGUUUUUGAAUAGAAAAAUCCUUCUUAGUGGUUCAGGUAAAUCUAGAGAUAUGUGACUGAUUCACCAGAAAAGAUUGGGAAAUUUCUAUUGCAUGAAAUUCAAAUUUGAUUUAUUUUGGCAAUGUAUCUAUGCAAUGUGAUAACAUAAUGGCGGGUAAGGCGUUAGUGUGGAAAUAUGUGGCUAAUCCUACCGGCCCCCAGCCAAGACCUAGGCAUGGACAUCGUGCUGUUGCUAUUAAAGACCUAAUGGUUGUUUUUGGGGGCGGAAAUGAAGGAAUUGUUGACGAAUUACAUGUUUACAAUACAGCUACAAACCAGUGGUUUGUACCUGUAAUAAAGGGAGAUGUGCCUCCAGGUUGUGCAGCUUAUGGUUUCGUUGUCGAAGGCACUAGACUGUUGGUGUUUGGUGGUAUGGUUGAGUAUGGGAAGUACAGCAAUGAAUUAUAUGAACUUCAGGCUUCUAAGUGGGAAUGGAAGCAGCUGAAGCCGAAAAAACCUAAAUCCGGGCCUUCACCAUGUCCAAGACUGGGACACAGUUUUACUAUUGUGGAUUCCAAAGUAUAUUUAUUUGGUGGACUUGCCAACGAAAGCAUAGACCCGAAAAAUAAUGUGCCACGUUAUUUAAAUGAUCUUUAUACUUUGGAUAUUCACUCUACACCAGUCCAGUGGGAUAUUCCAUUGACUAAUGGUCCCUGUCCUCCUCCGAGAGAAUCCCACACAGGUGUUGCUUACUCGGACAAGAGUAAAGGAAAAUCCUUCCUGGUAAUUUACGGAGGGAUGAGUGGUUGUCGGUUAGGGGAUUUAUGGUUUUUAGAUAUUGAUAACAUGACAUGGUCUAGGCCACAAGUUAAUGGUGUGGCCCCUCUGCCGAGGUCUCUUCACACCGCGACCCUUAUAGGUCAUAGAAUGUUUAUAUUUGGAGGAUGGGUCCCAGCAGAAGAUUCCAAAACUGCUAAUGAGACUAAGUGGGAAUGUACAUCUACCAUGGCUUGCCUGAAUCUCGAAUCAAUGAAUUGGGACGAUAUAAACCUCAAACAAGAUAGUGAAGAAAAUAUGCCGUGUGCACGAGCUGGACAUUGUGCUGUUGGUAUUAGUACAAGACUUUACAUUUGGUCUGGCCGUGAUGGUUAUCGGAAAACUUGGAAAAAUCAAGUUUGUUGUAAAGAUCUCUGGUAUUUGGAAGUGGACAAGCCUGCUGCCCCUAAUAGAGUGUCAUUAGUUAAGGCAGCCACCCACUCAUUAGAAGUCAAUUGGAUGGCCAUGCCCUCUGGUCAAACAUACAUUCUCCAGAUUCAGAAGUAUGAACUUCCACCAACGCCUUCAGCUAAACCUCCUGUUCCCACUCAAACCAAUGUUCCUCCCCCGCUUCUCAUAUCACCAAAACAGGGACAGUCCCCUGGUCAACAUGUCAUUAACAGCCCAACUGGAUCGGUUACUCUUAAAUCGCAACAACAUGCCGUCCCCAAAAUCAUUGCCCCUGUUAUUAAACCAACACAAAAUAUUCGUAUUCAAAGUCCAGUAAAUGCUGCAGCUAUACGACAAGCAUCGCCUGCUCAGGCGAGCCCGAAGCAAGUAUUAAUCCAGAAAGGAGCGAAUGUUAUACAGAAGAGUAAUGUUCCACAACAAGUGGUGACUUUAGUGAAAACAAGCACCGGUAUGACUUUGGCUACUCUACCUAAGAAUACAAACUUAGUUCAAUCAAAAAUAGCUGGUGUGAUACCUCAGCAAUCCAAGAAUACAGUGGUGAAAAUAGUACCUGCUAAUGCAAGCAAUAAACAAGUCUUGACAACUGUAAAAACGAUUCCUUCGAAUAUGAUUCAGAUGAAUAAAGCUACAGGAAAACUUGUUCUCUCUAAGUCCGCCACUGGUCAAAUUCCUACACUUAACAAUCAGCAAGUCUUAGUUGUCAGUUCGGCCACAGGGCUCCGUACUAUACAGACCUUCACCAAUGCACAGACAGUACCUAUGAAAACAACAACAUUGAAUGUGCUGCCAUCUACCACCUCCAGCAUAGCAGGUUUGCAGAAUGUUAAAUUGACAAAGCCCAUUACCAUACAGAUGCCAGUUGGUGGGCAGAAAAAUAUAACUUUAGCUAAAAAACAAGUCAUGAUUGGGGGAAAACCAGUUACUGUACAAAUGGCUAGUGGAAAUAAAACAUUGACUUUAGUUCAACAACCGCAGGGUAUGGGUAAAAUUGUUCGUUUACCAUCGGCUUCCUUAUCGGCAAAUCAUCUGGAGCAACCUAAACUUAUGGUUGUUUCAAGACCUAAACCACCCUCAGCAACAAUAGCUUCAACUUCUUUUGAUGGUCCUGCAACCACAGACGCAGCACUUGCAGCUCUUGCAGCAGAGGCAGGUCUUAUUGAUCCCGAACCCGAGAAGGAUGAUGUUGCACAAGCCGAAGAACUUCUCAAAGCCGCCGAAAUGAUAACUCCAGCGGAUGAUCCUCCUGUAGAGACGCCUCUUGCAUCAGAAGCCAUAACCCCUAUGGAAACUGCUAGUGGAUUAGCGGGAGGACAAAGUAGCUACUCAGAUUUGAUCGGUCUGAAAGGAGGGGCUCCGGUUUAUACCGAUAGCAAUCUCGAAAUAACCGUUAUUCCAAGACGUUUCUGGGCCCUCGGUUUACUAGGUGGGAACAGGGAAAAUAACGGAGAGCCUGAUGCACUUUCCGCCUCUUUGACAACAGAGGAAGGCCUUAGCUCGGAGCAGAGUUCCCUGAAUGGUGUACUGAAAAGUGAUCCAGAUCUUGCCGACGACAAAAUGGAUACUUCCGAGUUGGAAACAUCGAUGAAUUCCUCAAGAGACGAGUCUUACAGUGAGGAGUUCAUUAAGAAUGAACCUUUAGAUAUCAAACCUGAUAUGGAUUCAGAACAUGGCUAUGACUCGUAUGCGAAAACUCAUAACUCUGCGGCAGUACUUAUCGCAAAUGAUAUCAAGAAAGAGCCCUCCGAUGAUGCAUUAUCUGCGUUGGCAUCUGCAGCUCUGGACCAUCAAAAGGAUUCAGAAACUAUGGAUAAUGAUAAUAUGAAUGAAUCUUCGGCUAAAGAUGAAAUGAAGCCUCAAAUUGCCGUGACUGCUGGAUCAGAAGCAGUUGAAAAAGAACAAUGGUUCACUGUUGGUUUCAUCAAAGGAAAUUCAUGCGAUGUACAAAGUUACUACUUAUUCAAUGAGGAUACAUCAAAAAUGACUGUGGAGAAUUUACCUGAUCUGACUCAAUAUCAAAAAUUCACUCUUGAGCCAGGAACAGCAUACAAAUUCAGAGUAGCUGCCAUUAAUGGAGUAGGUAGAGGUGAUUGGAGUGAGAUUUCUGCUUUCAAAACUUGCCUCCCGGGCUUCCCAGGAGCACCGAACGCCAUAAAAAUUGCUAAAGCAGCUGAUGGUGCCCAUUUGUCAUGGGAACCACCAAAUGCCAAUCAAGGGGAUAUUUUAGAGUACUCGGUAUACCUAGCUGUAAAAGGGAAAGAAAAAACUAAUCCUUUAUCACAGCUAGCGUUUGUCAGAGUAUAUUGUGGUCCAAGCAAUUCGUGUGUUGUUCCGAACUCGUCUUUAGCUGCAGCUCACUUGGAUACGACCACAAAAGCAGCUAUAAUAUUCCGUAUUGCGGCUAAGAACGAUAAAGGUUAUGGGCCAGCCACUCAAGUGAGGUGGUUACAGGAUACGCAAGCCAACAAGCAAGCAAUAAAGAGAGCUUCUGAAAUAAGUAAUACGCAAUCGCCUUCUCCGAAAAAGCAAAAGUUUGAUAAAGAAGAGAUGUAAAUGAAGUACAAAAUGUGCGGUCAGUUCUGAAGCUUAUUGGCGAAUGAACUUUGGACAGGUGCUCUGGAUCUCUGUUUCCGAUAUUGAAAUCAAUUUUGGUUGGUUCUCGGAAAAGAAAAUUCAAUAACUGGAUUUCUUCCCAGUUAUGAAUUGAAUUUUCUUUUUCAACAUAUGGUGAAACAUAAACAAUCUUAAAAGUACUAGUUAUUGUUUGACGAAAUGGAAUCCAAGAUGUGUUAGUGAAUUGAAACAUUUUAUUUUUUGAACUUGAAAAUUUUUUUAUCAGUUUAUCUGAGUGGAAUUCUAUAUUGUAAAGAUCUAAACGUAGAACUUCUCAUGAAAAAGUGUGAGUAUGCCUUUAAAUAUCCCUUGUAUUACUUAUAGCUGAGUAUAAUAAGUGUUAGGUGCUUCUGUGAACACAUAUCAAAAGUGUUUAGUUAUCUGAAUUUUUUUUGAAAAUAUUGUUAGCUAGAAUAAAAAUUAUUUGAAUAUUAUACAGGCAAUAAUUUAUUCAAUGAUGUACUGACAAGAAAUUUCAUUUUAGAAUUCAAUGAUUUAUUCAAAUGUAAUGUAUAUUUGUUAAUUUGAUUGUUUAUCUAAUGUCUUGAUUAAACUUUUUCAAAUAGACUCUAGGCAUUAAGGUCUCUCGUCAGUUAUACAGUUUUAUUAACUUGAGGUUGAAAGACUAAAUCCACUUUUAAGAAAUGAAUCGAUUUUUGUUUUGAAAAUAUAUUACCUAGAAAUUUUACUGUUGAAAUUGAUUAGGAGUGGAAAAAAAAAGUAUAUUUGAGAAGCAAUAAAGAUAACAUUGUAUCAAAUAAGAAAAGCUAUUGCUAAACACUUUUGAUGGUUGCAUUGAAAUCUAUUUUCCUUGGGAAAAUAAUUUUCGAUUGAAGUGAACAUCAAUUUUAAUUCUGAACAUUUUCUUAUAAAGACGUAAUUUAUUAUUCAAAAUACUUUUUAUAUGAUAUCUUUAGUUGCUAAAAAAAAUAUUGACCUUUUACUGAGAACAAGGUAUUUUGUUAUCAACUUAAUUGAAAAAUAUAUAGUGUAAAUAUUCAUAUUCACUUUUACUGAAGUUGUUAUAGUUCAAUAUUCAUCGCAAUUUUUUUUUUUAAAGGAAUUAUAGCCAUAAAUGUACUACUUUUAUGUAUGUAUGUAUAUAUUUCAAUUAUGAACUGUCUAAAGAUGUAAUCUUUUCUUUUCAUCCGUAUUUGCUUCAGAGAUGAAUGGGUAUAUAAAUUUACAUAUUCAUAGUGUGUUUAUAUAUACAUACAUAUGAAACAAAGUAGAUUUCAUCAA